GGCGCAGCUUAGUCGAAUUCCACGAGUCCUGUUUCGUGGACAAUGGCCGAGAUCAGGGAGGACGACGAGGAAAAGAAGUCGGGCAUCAGCAUUCUGCCCGGCCCGGAACUCCUGGCCCCACCUGGCUUGAAUAACCGGGCCAGCAUCGCCUCGGCUGCGUUGAGCGAUGUACCCAGUGAUGUGAUCAUCAAGUCUCGCAUUCGAUAUGGUAGUCCUUUGUCGGCCUGCAAGGGAUUACUAUUGGAGUAUGCGAAGAGCACGACCAUUCAUGGCAUUCGUUACAUCUUCGAGGUGCACCGGCCGAUCUAUGAAAAACUUUAUUGGCUUUUCUUCACGUGCAUUUCCGUGUACUUUGCCGUCUCACUGAUCUGGGACACGUAUCUGAAGUGGCAGGAAUCGCCGGUUAUUCUGGGUUUCGAUGAGACUUUGGUGCCGGUGCACAAGAUACCAUUUCCCACCAUUACCAUUUGCCCGGAAAUCAAAAUGGAACGCAAGGUCUUUGACUAUACCAACGUAUCGCGGCAACUUUGGGAUGAGUACAAGCAGAAUGGCAACAUUAGCGACUUGGACGAAGAGGACCUCGCUCGCAUGGCGGUUGCAAUGCACAUUUGUGACCCGGAAGUGGUGGAGCGGUUUACUCCAUUGCUGUCGCAGCUAUAUCCGCCGAACGUGGACGUGACCCAAACUCUGAUCGACUUGAGUAUAUCGAAGAACGAGACGGGGCCGUUUUGUAAGUGGAAUGGCCGCUUCUACUUCUGCGACAAGAUCUUCGAUUUUGUGGCCACCGACGAGGGCAUAUGCUACCAGUUCAAUGGCCUGCGACCCAAGGACAUAUAUCGCGAUGAGAAAUUCAUCAGCUAUGUUGAUCCGGAUGUGGUUGACUUUAACAAUUACUUCGAUACGGCCUUGACCGCUUGGAACAAGAUAACCGGCAAUUGGUCACUGGACACUGGAUUCGUGGGCCAGGGCCAGAAUGCGUAUCCCCAAAGGACGGUGUUCUCAUCGGUGAAGAAUGGUUUCUUCGCCUUUCUGCAGGGCUUGCAGCACAAUUUCGACUACGAUUGCCGCAGUUUCAAACAGGGCUACAAGGUCUUUCUCAACUCCCCGGAGAGUGUGCCACUGACGACGGGCAAUUAUAUCCUGGUCCCUCAUGGCGAUGAGGUCCUGGUCAGUGUGCUGCCCGCGUAUGUCGUGUCCACCGACAAUUUGCACGAAAUUACGCCCGAAAAACGCCAGUGUCUGUUCGAUGAUGAGCGAUCGCUGCGAUUUUUCCGCUCCUAUUCGCAGAGCAAUUGCCAAACCGAAUGCCUGGCCAACUAUACGGUUUCCAAAUGCGGCUGUGCCAAAUUCUGGAUGCCCAAACCUAUUGGCACUCCCGUUUGUGGACUGAAUGACAUCCUUUGCUACACAACGGCCCAGGAUGAGCUGUACGCCCUUUUGCAAAAUCAAACGAUGGAAAAGAGUAUUGAUGAAAGUGUCGACAUCACUUGCAACUGCAUGCCAGCCUGCACCUCUCUGGAGUAUAACUUCGAAAUAUCCAGGGCCAAAUACGAUGUGGCCAAAACCAUUCGAGCCUUCCGCGAAGAAUACGAGCACACAGACGCUAUUGGAUCCCGACUCUCCGUUUACUUCAAGGAGCAUCAGUUUACCGCCAUUAAGCGUACCAUUCUUUUCGGGGUAUCAACAUUGAUUUCAAACUGCGGCGGCAUCUGCGGAUUGUUCAUGGGAAUCUCGUGUCUGAGUUUCCUGGAGCUAAUCUACUUCUUUUGCAUGAGAAUCUGCGGCAGUUGCCGCGAUCGCCGAAAGCACAAGAUACAAAAGCAGAACUCAGUGGAUGUACCAGAGGAAAACGCUGAUAAUUAGUCGGUAGUUGAAAACGCAAACAACUUGUACCAUUAUGUGUGUAAAGCAAACUCAAUUGAUUUAAAUCAGUUGCAAUAAAAUCAUUGACUGCGCGCUUAGUUCAGUGUUCACUUAAACGAGAAAAUAAAG